AUGGCUUUGGAUCCAGCAAAGGAGAUUGAGGAACCAUUGAGGGAAGGCGACGGCAGAUUCUCUGAGCUGCAGAGUUCUAUGGCGGAGGGUAGGCUCCGGGCUCCGGACCUAGGGACUCAGCUGGGAGUUUCCAGUUGUCUGGAAAAAUGCCGGAAGAGCUCGCCAGAUGCUGGGAGGCAGCCCUUCUCUGGAAAGUCCUUUUAUCUGGAUCUGCCUGCCGGCAAAAGUCUCCAGUUUUUGACAGGGGCCAUCCAGCAGUUCGGUGGGGUAAUUGAGGGUUUUCUGAGCAAAGAAGUAAGUUACAUCGUGUCCAGCCGCAGGGAGGCGAAAGCAGAGAGCAGGGGGACAAGCCCCAGAGGCUGCCCCAGCCCCAGCGAGGUCAGAGGACAGACGCCGUCCGUGGCCCAUCCGAAGGGCGGCCACACCAGGCCUUCGCAGAAGCCUGCAGACUCGGUGCCUAGGAGCAGAGGCAAGGAGCUACUGCAGAAGGCCAUCAGAAACCAGGAGAGCGGCAGCAGGGGAGGUGGCGGGAGAAGCAGCAGUCUCCUGACCAGCGCCCGCGCCUGGGGAGUGAGGAUCCUGCACGUGGACGAGAUGCUGAUGCACGUGCAGCAGCUGUCUCUUGAUGCUUUGUGUGUGAAGAAACAAGGGCCAAAGAAGAAGCCAGAGGGAACGUGUCCAGCAGAGUCAAGAACGCGGAAAGUGGCCAGGCUGAAGGCACCGUUCCUCAAAAUCGAAGAUGAGAGCAGGAAGUUUCGUCCCUUCCACCAUCAAUUUAAGUCCUUUCCUGAAGUUUCUUUUCUGGGACCCAAAGAUGCAAGUCCCUUUGAGGCCACGAUGACCCCAGGCAGCUCGCAUCAUACCAGAGAACCCAAGGACCGCGAGCCGAGCCUGCGAUCGGCCGCCCGCACCCUGCCCAGGAGGAGGAAGGGCUUCUGUGAGUGCUGCCAGGAGGCCUUUGAGGAGCUCCACGCGCAUCUCCAGAGCACCCGGCACCGGGGCUUCGCCCUAGAAGCCCACCCGUACGCAGAAGUCGAUCGGGUCAUUGCCCAGCUCGGCCACAGCUUUGCCGACGCCCGCUCCCGGGCCGGCCUCCCCAGGCAGCCGGGCUCCCCGUCUUCAGAUGGUGACCCUCUGUGGCCUGAGACUCUGCCGCCCGGCCAGCCCUCCCAACCCCAGGCCGCGUGUCCGGGGAUGAGACAGGAAGACGAGCUCCCGGCCCCGGGCGCCCCAGAGCAAGCUGGCUUGGAGGGCAGCGUGAAGCCCCCUGCCGAACCCGUGGGGGCUGGCCGGAUGCUGGGACCAGGAGCAAACUGCCAGGAGCUGGGGGGCUCAACGGAUGUCAUUGCAGCCCCCCCAGGGACGCCAGGGUCCGAGAGCCCUGUACACCAGUACCUCCGGACACGCUCUGGUUCUGCGGAAUUCUCUGGCCUGGACGUGGCCCCUGUUGGCCACAAGCGGAAGGUUCAGCUCCCCGGUGGCAAUCCUGAGAAGCGGUCAGGGGUCUCCCAGCCACAGGCCUCCUCCUUCGUCCCGAGAGCCAGAAGCCCCUGUGGUACCAGGAGAGCCGGUGGCAGGCCGGUCCUCUGCCUUCCCCCUCCAGGCCGCGAGCACAGGCCCUUGGCCUCCCCCCUCCCCGUCCCAGAGCCCCUCGCCGGGCAGCCCACGGAGAGGCCAGCAGAGCCCCCUUGGCCCGGGGGAGGAUGGCCCCCCGGGAUCUGA